GAGGGUGCGAUUGUCCUAGAUCUCCUAAUUGACACUGAUGAACUCGGUAUUCAAAAGCUUUUGGACCAUGUUCAAGAAUUUUUAAUUAAACGUCGUUACGACUUUUUGAAACAAGAUUCUGUUAAAAUGCUUCAUAUAGUUACUCGUCAUGAAGCAUUCAGUGAACUUAAAAAGGUUUCUUUGGAGACUAUUUGUGAAAAUCCGGGCUUAAUAUUUGAUUCAGACAAGUUUUUUUCAUUAGCAGAAGACGUAAGACGUGUUAACAAUAAUUCUUAA